CCCAAUUAAGGCCCUUUUAUUUCUUUCUCCCCAAGUCGAACUAAAGCUAGAAGUAUCCCUAUUCUCAAGCUUCCGUGAAGAAUUCUUCGCUGCCUCGACAUUGCCCAGAGCAUUUACUAGAGCUUUACAAUAUCUGAUGGGAGACAGUCAAUACUCAUUUUCCCUUACCACGUUCAGCCCUUCUGGAAAACUAGUUCAGAUUGAACAUGCCUUAACGGCUGUUGGUUCCGGGCAAACAUCUUUAGGGAUAAAAGCUUCUAAUGGUGUUGUUAUUGCAACUGAGAAGAAACUACCAUCCAUCUUGGUUGAUGAAGCUUCUGUGCAAAAGAUUCAGAUUUUGACACCAAAUAUUGGAGUUGUAUACAGUGGCAUGGGACCUGAUUCUAGAGUUUUGGUUCGGAAAAGUAGGAAACAAGCCGAACAAUAUCACCGCCUCUAUAAAGAACCAAUCCCUGUCACGCAACUUGUGAGGGAAACCGCAGCAGUGAUGCAGGAAUUCACUCAAUCAGGUGGUGUAAGGCCAUUUGGUGUUUCUCUCUUGGUUGCUGGGUUUGAUGACAAGGGUCCCCAGCUGUAUCAGGUGGAUCCUUCAGGUUCAUACUUCUCCUGGAAGGCUUCAGCCAUGGGGAAGAAUGUGUCUAAUGCGAAGACAUUUCUUGAGAAGAGGUAUACAGAAGAUAUGGAACUUGAUGAUGCUGUACACACUGCUAUUCUGACACUGAAGGAGGGAUUUGAAGGGCAAAUUUCUGGUAAAAACAUUGAGAUUGGCAUAAUUGGUGCUGACAAAGUGUUCAGAGUCCUUACGCCUGCUGAAAUUGAUGACUACCUACAGGAAGUGGAGUAGUAAAGUUUUUCUUGAGGGUGCGUGGAAAAUGUUCACUUUAUGUUAGGAAACAACAAAGAAAGAUUUGUUUUGUGCAACGCGACUAUCUAUCAUCAGACUUUGUUGUUUAUUCAAACUUUUGAACUGCCAAAUCUAGACUGCUCUGGCGUUCAUGUGUAACUUAAAUCCUGAUUUUACUUCAGUUCUGGUUGAUUUAUGGCUUUGUAGAACACCUGUCGUGCUUUUAUAUAUAUAUAUAUCCAUAUUAUAUUA